UACUGUCUCUUUAAGGGCUGUCACUGCUGGCUCCGUGCUGGCCUCCUGCUGCUUGUUAUUUUCUGCAACAAGAUGGCUGUCGUUCCUGAGAGCAGAGUCCUCACUUUCAGCGUUUUUAAAUGGAGCUCUUACUCCUCUACAUAUUUACCCGAGAACAUCUUGGUGGACAAACCUAAUGAUCAGUCUUCCAGGUGGUCUUCUGAGAGCAACUACCCCCCACAGUUUUUAAUCUUGAAAUUGGAAAGGCCAGCAAUUGUUCAGAGCAUCACCUUUGGGAAGUAUGAGAAGACUCACGUCUGCAACCUGAAGAAGUUUAAGGUCUUUGGUGGGAUGAGUGAAGAGAACAUGACAGAGCUUUUGUCCAGUGGCCUUAAGAAUGACUACAACAAGGAAACGUUCACCUUAAAGCAUAAGAUCGACGAGCAGAUGUUUCCCUGCAGAUUUGUCAAAAUAGUGCCUCUGAUGUCUUGGGGUCCUAGUUUUAAUUUCAGCAUCUGGUAUAUUGAGCUGCAUGGUAUCGAAGAUCCUGACGUGGUGCAGCCCUGCCUUAAUUGGUACAGCAAGUACAGAGAACAGGAAGCCAUCCGCCUUUGCCUCAAGCAUUUCCGACAGCAUAACUACACAGAGGCCUUCGAGUCACUGCAAAAGAAGACUCGGAUAGCACUGGAGCACCCAAUGCUCACCCACCUGCAUGACAGGCUGGUGCUACAAGGAGACUUUGAUGCCUGUGAGGAGCUCAUAGACAAAGCUGUGAGAGACGGUUUGUUUAACCAGUAUAUCAGCCAGCAGGAGUACAAGCCCAGGUGGAGUCAGAUCAUCCCGAAAUGCAACAAAGGUACAAGCGCCCAAGAAAUCAACCGAGACGACAUGAACAGUGAUGGCGACGACAACAGGCCGGGGAUGAGGGGAGGACAUCAAAUGGUCAUUGACGUCCAGACUGAGACUGUGUACCUGUUUGGGGGCUGGGAUGGCACACAGGACCUGGCUGACUUCUGGGCUUACAGUGUUCAGGAGAACCAGUGGGCCUGCAUCUCCAGAGACACUGAGAAAGAGAGUGGACCAAGUGCUCGCUCGUGCCACAAGAUGUGUAUCGACUCCCAGCGGCGUCAGAUCUAUACACUGGGCCGGUACCUGGACUCCAGUGUCAGGAACAGCAAGUCUCUGAAGAGCGACUUCUACCGCUAUGACAUUGAUGCCAAUACCUGGACGCUACUCAGCGAGGACACGUCAGCUGAUGGGGGACCAAAGUUGGUGUUUGACCAUCAGAUGUGCAUGGACUCAGAGAAGCACAUGAUCUACACUUUUGGCGGGCGCAUCCUGACAUGUAACGGCAGCGUGGAGGACAGUCGGACAUCAGAGCCUCAGUUCAGUGGCUUGUAUGCCUACCACUGCCAGGCCGGAACAUGGAGCCUCUUGAGGGAAGACUCGUGUAACGCCGGGCCGGAAGAUGUCCAGUCUCGCAUUGGACACUGCAUGCUCUUCCACACUAGAAACCGCUGUCUGUACGUGUUUGGAGGACAGAGGUCAAAGACUUAUCUCAAUGAUUUCUUCAGCUAUGAUGUGGAUGGAGACCAUGUUGAGAUCAUAUCUGAUGGCACGAAGAAAGACUCAGGCAUGGUACCGAUGACGGGCUUUACCCAGAGAGCCACCAUCGACCCCGAGCUCAAUGAGAUCCACGUCUUGUCAGGCCUCAGCAAGGACAAGGACAAACGCGAGGAGAAUGUCCGGAACUCCUUCUGGAUCUAUGACAUUGCACGCAACAACUGGUCAUGUGUAUAUAAGAAUGAUCAGGCAGUGAAAGAAAACCCGAGCAAGGCUCUGCAGGAGGAGGAGCCAUGUCCACGCUUUGCACACCAGCUAGUCUACGAUGAGAUGCACAAGGUUCAUUACCUGUUUGGUGGAAACCCUGGGAAGUCUUGUUCUCCCAAGAUGCGGCUGGAUGACUUCUGGUCCCUCAAACUGUGUCGGCCAUCCAAGGAGUACCUGCUCCGCCACUGCAGAUACCUCAUCAGGAAAUACAGGUUUGAGGAGAAAGCCCAAUCUGAGCCGUUGAGCGCACUAAAAUACCUGCAGAACGACUUGUCACUGACGGUGGACCACACAGACCCUGAUGAGACCAAAGAGUUCCAGCUCCUGCCGUCGGCUCUCUUUAAGUCUAGCUCCGACUUCAUCCCUCUGGGGUUCUCAGACGUAGACCAGACGUACGCUCAGCGGACGCAGCUCUUCGACACACUCGUCAACUUCUUCCCUGACAGCAUGACCCCUCCCAAGGGUAACCUGGUAGACCUCAUCACGCUCUAGCUCCGACCCUUAACACACCCACUCCUCCUCCAUCGCCUCACCCAUUGGACUGAGUUGACACCUGCCCAUCCACACACCUGAUGGGACAGAGGAGACCAGUUAUUUUUCUAUUCCUGAACCCUUCUAGUGGGAUUACUCCUUAUCUGGAGCCUCCUGCUGUAUCCAUCUGUGUUAGCAGAUGGUGAGGGUCAUAAACACACACUUAGACAACACUGGUAUUUGGAUAUGGGCGAAACUCUUAAACCUGAGGUGUGGUUGCUUAUCCCUUUGAUUUUCGUGCUGAUGAAAAUGUCUCAGCACAUGCAUAGGCCCUCUGAACUCUGCCAAACAUCACUUGUUUUUCAACUUCACUUGAUUUUAUUUCUCCGAAACGUUAAAGCCAAAAACGAGGAUUUGUAAGCAUUUGUUUACAAUCUUUUUUCAUAGAUUUUCCUUUUUUUAGGUGUUGGAUUUAUGCUUUGUACCCACACAAACUUCCACAGUCAACCACAUGUUUCCGACUACAUGUUUGGAGUAAAACAGAUGAAGAGUAUGUGUCUGUUCAGACCAGUUGUUGUGGAAGUGAAGUUCAAAUUCAAUGAUUGUUAAUUUUUUGAGGGCAGGACGGUGUGAUCAUGAUCCGGGAAACCACUUCGCUCCACAGCUACAGGCAUAUCUGUUCCAUUGGUGAAAUAUGAACAUCUCUCCUGCAAAUCAUUCAUUUUGAUGAUUUGGUAAGCUUGCUUUUCUAUAGCACAUGCCCUAUUUAUCAUUGUGACGCCCACGCUAAGACAAAAAGAGUUAAAAAAAAAAAAAAAAAAAAAAUGUAAUAGUGUUGUAUGGACAAUACGGAACAAUUCUAUGAGAUGAAGUAUGAAGUUUAAUAUAUAUCUAAAUAUAACUUAUCUUGGUUUUGGUUGUUAUCCCUGUCAAACUGGUGAGUACAUUUGGAUUUACUACAGAAGACACAAGAUGAUUUCCUCUGCAAUUAAUGGACUUUAACUUCAAUGCUGUACAGGAUAUGUAAAUAUACAUAUAGGAUUAUUUUGAUUGAACAGAUUCUGUGCAGGAUCUUGUUCUUUUUUGCCCCGUUUCAUCAAAAAGUCAGGUACAGUAACUUUCUGGCUCCACUUUUAAGACUUACUGCAUAUUGGAAAAGAAUUGAAAGCAAUUGUUGUGUGCAGGCGUGCCUGUGUGUGUGUGGAGUGCAGGUGCCAGUAUUCCAGUUUGACAAUUAGAAUGGAAAAAGGCAUUUUUGGUCCGUUUGUCAUGGUGUGUAGACAUGAUGUUCCUCUAGUGUCAUGAAUUAGUGAAAUAUCUUUCUUUUGUUCUUUCUAAAAAUCCCAAGUUGGGCCCCUUUUUAAUAGUUUUGUUUUGUAGACAGCAGGCUUGAGUAUAAUAAGCCUAGCCACUGCAUCAUCCCUUCAAACCAUGUAAUGAAGACUCUUGUCAGGUAUUACACCACUUAUACCAUGGCCAGCUGGCAUGAAGUCUGGCAGACAUGGGUUGUUUUUAAUCGACACAGAAGAUUUUCACAAACAACUGUCUGCCUGUUAAGUCUUUACUCAUCUUACAAAGGGUGAACGCUGGUGGAACAUGGGGAACACUAUUCAGUGUUGGUGAUUGAGAUGUCAAUCACUCACAAUCUUAUUUAUUAUUCCUGAUAACAAGAUACUUGAGUGUGUGAAACUGCUGGUUUGUGGUUCAGUGUUUCCCACAGAUUGACUGACUGUGUGCAUGUGUACCUGUGAUGGUGGUGGGUGGGAGGUUAUAUCAGACCUGAGCCAGUAACCUACGUUAAACAUUAUAGUCGGCACGUUUACAGGAGAGGUGUAAUACUGGAACAUCUCUACCUCUCUGUGUUUCUCUGCAGAGCAUGUUUGAUUGACAGUAGUGGGAGCAGUGACGACAGAUGGUCUAUUAGUUAAUAUAUUGUGGAUGGUGUCUGUCCCUCCAACAGAUACGAAAAUGAAAGUUAAAAAAAUGCUAAAAUUGGUUGUGAAAUAUACUUAGGCUGCCCACCCAUUUAAUGUCUAUGUGUGGGAAACACUGGUUCAGCUGUUUGUGGUAAAUGAGGAAGGGACACCCAGCACAAAGGUUCCCAUCAACACUAACUUUGGAAUGUAUUUCACAGUUGUAGGGAAAAGCCCUGUCCUACUGGCUGUAACAUUACUAAAACAAAGAUAAUUUGGGGCAGGAGCUGGGCUAAUGGCAGAUUGUUCAGAUCUUCAUACAGAGGUAGAGUGGGGCUCAGUCACAUAAGAGUAGCCAGAGGAUUUGUUUCUUGCUCAAGGAUACUUGAGAAGUUUGUUGGUCUGACUGAUGAUGACCAUGACCUCUGCUCACAGCUGGAAAAGUUUACCUCUGCUGUCACCAAAUCGUUAAGUUUUCAUUGGUGCUUACUGGUUACUCAAAGUCACACUGUCAGUUUUCUUUAUUGUCUUCCAUGACUCUCAGUGAGAUGCCAACGGGUUGUCUGGUAGUGGUAAUAUGAUCACUGUCGUCCCAUCGAUAAAACUCAGUGGUCACUGGUCAGGGUAAAGAAUCAAAUGAUUGUCUCUCCCGGUCCUACAUUUCUAACAACUGUGAUACAUCAGAGCACAGCGUCACUCGACAUCCCUGGCAAAUCUGCUAUGACUGUUAAACUCAAUUUGUACAGAUUUAGUGUGUAAUGUACAGGAUCAGUGCUAUUUCUAUCUGUGAGCUCAAAGAACAUGGAGGACAAAGGACAUCACAAGGUCAGCUUGACAAGAGGGCAGAAUUGGGUGUAAAAGAUGUUUUGUUUGUUGUGUGACUUAAUGGCAAAAUUAAAAACAAUCUUAACUUAAUAUCUCAUUUAAUUUUAUAUUGACUGAGGGGUCACAUCUGUAAUAGGAGUGAAACUCUGUUUACUGAGACUUUGAAAUCAGACAAACAAGUUGACAAAUUAGUCCCUAUUCAGUGGCAUUUUAACAAUGCUGCGCUACAGCUGAGGCACUUGCUUUGAAAUUAAAGGACCAUACUGGUGUGUUGAGGUACAUUACAGGAUCGUCCUGUGAACGAACAUUCUUCCACACAGUGUGUCAAAGAAUGUGUAAGUUUGAGUGUUGGCUGCAUGGCAUACUGCUGUUGGUUUCAUUUGAUUUCAGCUUCUGUUAAUGAUGAUAUAGAUAAUAAUCAUAAUUACAUUUACUGUGAUGGGCUGCCUGUUUCACUUCUGAAUGAAUGUGUUAAAUGGUGCUGAAGUGAACUGAAACCAGCUGCUAUGUGGAACGCAAGGGAACAGCAAAAGCAUGUUUUAGAGGAAGGCUGGCAGUAAUGUCAGAAAUAGAUACACGGCUCUGCUUUCCUGCUGAGAGUUGGCUGAGGAGAGCGGUACCAGUCAUGUCUGUACAUGCCUCCCUCUAAUUAUUAAGCUACCACCAACAGCUAGUUAGCUAAGCUUAGCCUCAAGACUAUUAACAGGGAAACAUACAGACCAGCUCUGGCAAAAGGUAACAGAACCUGCCUUCUGACCCUUCUAAAGCUCAUUCAUGAACAAAGUUGGAGUGUGUGGUGAUAAUCUGAUUUAAUAACAAGGCCUCAGGAGGUGUAUGUGCCUGGCCAAUAUACAGUCAGUUACAUAAACUCCUGUAAAACUCGUCAAUUUUACACUUUUUGCAAAUUGACCAAACAACCUAAAAGGUGUUAAUAAGUUUGCUUAAGAGGUGCUCAGAUGUAGAUAUUGUUGCCUUUUGGACCAAGCCAGGUGAGCUUUUUACCCCUUGUUCCAGUCUUCAUGCUAAGUUAACCUGCUAGAAAUGGCUAUAUUGCGUACAGGCAUGAGUGGGAUGUCAACCUUCAAGUCUGUCUUAGAAAUUUGGAGAAGUACACUUUUUUUUUGCUUUCUUGCAAAUUAUUCCUUGAAAGAUACAUGAUUUGAAGCAUGCGUGCUGGAAUUUACUAGGCAAAAAACACACUGGUAUAGUCCUUCAGGUGUCAGACAUGAGCUUCUUUUUUUCUACAAACCCCAGUCUGAAUAGAAACGUCUGAUGCUUUAUCGAACACACUUGAUGAAUCUGUAUCUUGUCAAUUGAGCUCCCCGCUGAAUUGAAAAGAUAUAGAUUGAUCACUUGCUUUGAUGUGGCUUUAAAUUGAUAAUGUGCUACUUUAUGUGAGAGAGAUUGUUCCAUUAAAUGCACUAUAUAUUGUAUACAAUAUCUGAUCUCAAAAGGAUGUCGACCCCCUCAGGAUGUGGUUCUCUGUGAUUAUGGGUGCUCUGCUAAUGUACUUAUCAUCACUGUAGAUAAUCUUUUCUAUGAUCUGCCUGUUUCCGUCACUCCAAAUUCGAGUUGCGAGACAUUUAAUUCUCUAAAUUCAUCAAUUGAGGAAAGUCAAUCAUGAUGUGGGAUGUUGCCGAUUGUAUUUCGAGUAUUUGGCCAUUUUGCACGUUAAUGUUAGUUUGCUGGAGGCAGAUCAUGGCAUGUCUUACAUGUCCGUUCAUGUUUAUUUUGCCCAUAAUCCUGCUGCCCUGAUACUGACUAAAACUAAACAGAUCAGCGUUUUAAACACAAAGAAAAACAAAACACCAGAGCAAAAAAAAAAAAAAAAAAGGAUGAAACUAUCUUAGAAAAUGACAAUGCUUUGUGGGGGAUUAUUUAUGAUAUUUGACAUCAUUAAGGGCUCAUCUUGCUUGGGUAGCAUCUAUUUUUGUUUUGUGCCAGAAGAAAACUGAGUUUUAAAGACUAAUUGAAAGCACCUUUGUAAAGAAAAAGAAAAAAAAACAAUGCCAAAUACUAAUUUUCUUUGUGCUAUUUUAGGGUAAACAUCCUCCAUGUGACAAUGUUUGCUGGAUGAAAUGUUAUUUUUUUCAUUUUCAUUUUUUUUUUUUCUUUGCAUUUUGCCCUUCUCUCGACCCCUGGGUGGGACUCGAGUUUAAAGGCUGGUACUCUCAGAUCAGUGAGCACUACUCUGUGGAUACAGUGAAUGUGUAGAAAGCCUUGUAGUAUUGCAUUGUAUGUAAUGUAUAUAAUGAAUAAAGAUUGUAUUUUGUUGAGGUUUUCUUAA